AUGUCAGGCGGAUUCUUUGACGGCAAGACCAGCGCCGCAGAGAGGCAGCGCCACCUCCUGGAAUUCAUUGCUGCGUCUGCUGACAGCAGCGGCAUGGCUGGCACUAGAGACGGUGGCGCUGAGAUGACUGACGAAGAGCUGAAUGGGCUGGUGGCCAGGGACGAAGACGACCUGGCAGCCAUGGCUGGCAUCUCCGCCCCAGCCUCCGUGCUGGCAGAUGCAGAGGGCGUUUGGGGCAUGGUGGCAGCUGCCCAAGACGCGGCCACUCCCAAGGACCCCGAUGCUGGUGCGUGGUCUGCAGUCAGGGCGCAGUGA